ACAACGAUCACACUCGUAUACUGACUAUUGAACGGUGAAUGUGUACGUACGUGAUAUUAAAUUCUAUUAUUUUUCCAACAAAGCGCGUAAAUUUGUUGUUGUUAUUUAACUAGAAAAGAGAAAAAUAAUUAAAAAAAUUUUUAAAACCAAGUUUAGUUAUUUUUUAUAAAAAAAAGCCGCAAAUUUUUAAUUUUAAAGCUGAAAAAAAAGUGUUUUUUGUUUAUUAAUUACUUGCAACAAAUGAAAAAUAUUUCAUUUUUUAAUAAUUUAUAAGAAAAAUUAAUAAUUUUUAUUAAUUUCUUAACAAAUUUAACAAAAUAGUGCCAAUUGUUUGCAAUACUUAAAGAAAUACACAAAAAAGUAAUAAAUUUUAUGCCUAAAUUACUGCAACUGUGCAAGAAAAUACAUAAUAAGAAUAACAAGCUGUCAAAGAAUUAAGAAAAAAACAACAACAACAAAACAGCCAUUUGAAGGCUUUACUAAAUAAAACAACAACAGCAGCAUUGAAAUAAUAAAUAGUAACAAAAAGUGUUUGAAAAAAAAAGAAAGCAAAUUAACAACAACAACAAUCAUAAGCAACUAUUAAAACAACAACAAAACAAAUGCAGUUACUUAUUUUUGACAAAUGAGUACUAAAACAAGCAAAUAGAAAAAAAGUAAAGAGAGAAAGUUAGAAAAAACCUAAGAAAAGAGAGAGCUAUUUCAUAUUAAAAAAAAAUUACAAGAAAACAGCUUUUAAAAUAAAAGAAAUUAACAAAAAAGAAUUCAAAUUAAAAAAAUUUAAUUAAAUAAAUAAAUUUUUUAAAAAUUAAUCUCUAAAAAAAAACAAGUUUAAGUGGCCAGCAAGCAAAACAAAUAGAAAAAAAUGUGCGCAAUACAUAAAUAAAAUAAAUACAAAAAAAAAAUUGCCUAAAUUCCACACAAAAAAAUAUUAACAAAAUAAACUUUUAACGCAAAACAAGCAAAUCAAUCAUUGCACCUGAAUGUUUUUUAUUUAACAAAAUGUCGGCCGAUAUAGAAAUUACCAGCGUUUUGGGCACCAAUGGCCAACCUUUACCUAUACACGGUACCGGUUUGGGUUCCACUUGGUCUGCGCCCGUUAAACAAGAAAGAGCCGAUGAUGCGGAAAUACAAGAACUCGCCGCCAAAAUGAAAGAGGCCCAAAAGGAUGCCUUAGCCAAACAGCAGCAACAGGCUGCGCAAAUGGCCUUAAGGCAGGCCAAUGGCAUGCAACCGCCCGUCACCGCCAAUGGUCAGACAAACAUACUAAAUUAUCUCAAUCGCACACAAAAGCCCACUAAUGGUUCGGUCACCUCUAAUGGUCGUUCCUCAAGUACGGAUGAUAAUAAAAAGCCUCCCUGUGAUGAGGAAUCCCAAAAAGGCCAUUUUGGUUGGACCACAUUUGGCAAAACCUAUAUACCCUACAUAUACCGGCAACAGGAGAAAUAUUGCUCGGUGCGCAUGAUAGAAAUGAAGCUAUUGGGUAAAUAUCUCAAUUGUCUGCAUCCUGAUAUCUAUUCCAGCUGCACUUGUGUACGUUCCUACUAUAUAACCGAGGCUGAGGCUAGACUAUUCAUAGAAAUCAAUCACAAACAUUGUGAUGGUGAAUUUGGUCGUGAUUUAUUUACCCAAAAGGAUUUGGUGGUUAGGCUCUCGGAUGCCACUAAGUUUUAUCAAUUCCUGGACAUCUGCUAUCGUAAACUAAUAUCGGGCAGUAAAUCACCCUCGGAAAAAUGUGGUUUUAUACGCAUUAACAAAGAAUCCGUGGUGCCCUAUACGGUGCGCAAUGGUGAACAAGUGGUGCCUUUGUUUUAUUUCGAAGGUGAAACCGAAAAUCUUAAACAAAAGGCUGACUUGUUGUCUGGCUGGGAUUUGGCCUAUUUGAAAUUCUGCUGCAAGGUUCAGGGCAUACGUAAUGAACUAUUCUCCAGUGAAAAUGUGGCCGUCAUAAGUCUGACAGACAUUAAAAGUUAUUUUCCCAAUGGCACAGAAUUUGAGGAUUAUUGGCCCAGUAAAGUGGUGGACUCUAAUCUACUAAUAGGCAAUCGCUCAAAUGCCAAUAAUUCGGUCAAUUGGACAAGACAACCCUCACAGCCACCGCCAAAAGUAUUAACACAAACCACCAUGCAACAAAAACAAACACAACAUUCCUCAGCAGCUGCAGCGGCGGCAGCAGCAGCUGCUCAACAGCAACAAAUAUUAAAACGUGGUCCUACAGCGGCAGCUGUAGCAGCAGCUACAGCCUUUAAUGCCCAAUCUUUACUGCAACAGCCUAAUGCAGCAGCUGCAGCGGCCGCUCAUAGAAUGCAUUCAAAUGCUGCUUUAGCCGCCCAAGCAGCCACAGUACAGGCCAUUGCCAAUGGUUCCUGGAUGUCUCAGCAGCAAAAUAGUUUACCUUUAAUACAUGCUCAAAUGCUGGCCUCACAGCAGGCUCAUCAAAAUCAAGCCGCCGCCAAUUCCCGCAAUCAAUAUCGUAAUCCCAUGGAGAAUCUCAUUUUAAAUAAUCGUCAACCCUAUGGAGCCUAUAAUAAUGCCACCAUAUCAAUGCAACCGGUUAAUAGUCAUGGACAGGGUAAUGCUCCUCCUCCGCUAGUACGUUCGGCUGGACAACAAAAUGCCAAUCAUAUGUCUAGUAUCGAGCAAACGUUGCUGCAACAACAACAAACACAACAACAACAACAACAGAGACCCAACUCUUCCAAUUCCUCACAGACAUUAAACCAACAACAACAAAGACAUAUAAAUACCUCCUUAAAUCCCAUACAUUCUCCCAAUAGUUUAAAUAAUCUUAAACAAUCACCUUCACCCUCAACUCCUUCACCCUCUCCAUUGGCGGCAGCCUCCAAUGCUAAUGCUUUAUUGGCUAAUAAUUUCAAUUUAGCCGCUUCUUCGGCUCCAGCCACAGCACAAGAUUUUAAUAAUUUAGCUUUGUGGAAUCAAUUGACACCCAGUCAACGUUUGGCUUUAACACAGCAGUUUAAAAAUUCUGGCAAUUUAUUAGGUGGUGGGGCAGGCAUAAAGAAUCCAUUUCCUCCUUUACCCUCGCUGCCUUUAGAUACUGAUUUGAUUACCAUGUUGGAUUAUAAUCCCAAUAAGGCUAAACAGCAGGGGGGUUCAGCAAAUGCCAGCAAUAAUGGCCAGUUUACUAAGCCUCAUGUACCGCCUUUAAUACCUGUCAACAAUUUAGAGCCACAGCGUAAGGGAAAUCGUAGUGGUAGUGUUUCAAAUGCUGCUGCAGGUACAGUUCCCUUAAACUCCUCGGCCGCCUUGGAAGAUUUUGAAAAGAAAUUCAAAAUGAAUGAUGAAAUGCGAGCGGUAGUACAAAAAGUUCUAUCCAAUCCAGAUUUAUCCACUUUUAUACAGACCAAUGCCUCCAAUACCUUUGUGCCUUUUAUAUCACCGCCCAUAUCACCAGCAAAUGGUGUUUUGGGUGGUGCUGCUAGUGGCGGCACUUCAGUGUCUAUAGUACCUAAUCCGCAUGUUACCAUAACACCACAGUUACCUGCCCAUUUUAGCCAUAGUAGUGCGGCGCAUUCACCUUCCUCAGCCUCUUCCACAUCUUCCAAUUCGGGAGGUAAUAAUAGACAGAAAAGUGUUAUUUGUUCCACUAAUAACUUGGGUGGCGGCGCCACUUCAUUACUGCCUUCACCCUCCACCUCAAACUCGUCUUCGUCCUCCUCUUCCUCCUCCCACUCACCCUCUACACGUACAAAACUGACAGCCUACCAACACCACCAUCAACAGAACACGUACGCCUCACCUACACAAACACAACUUUCCUCCAACUCUUCUUCUACUACACCCACACCAAUGGAAGUAAUCGAUUUAUCUUCCCCCCGAAGGUCUCUGCAAGCAGCCACCGCCUAUUUGCAACAACAGCAACAACAACAGCAGCAACAAGCCGCAGCUGCCGCUGCAGCCCAACAACAAAGUCAACAGCGUUUGGCGGCCGCUGCUGUAGCUCAACAUCACUCACAGCAGAAUGGACGCAGCUCCUCCAACUCAUCCGCCUCCUCUCAAGUCAACUCGGCCAGUAUGCAUUUGCAGCGUCACGCUUUGGCAGCAGCUGCGGCGGCCGACAGUGCCCAACGUUUGAAUGUUAUACCCGAAAUACCCGCCAACAAUUUGAAUAUGCAGCCGUAUAAAGUGCAAAAGGUUUAUGUGGAGAAUAAGCUGGUGCCGUGUAUCAAUAUGAAGGCCUACAAUGACAGUGAGCAGUUGAUGACAUUAACGGAUUUUCAAACGUAUUUCUAUCGUCAGGUGCCCUUGGAUCAGUGCAAGCGUUUGAUAGAGGCUCUGGGCGUAGAGCUCUACAAGGGCAAUAGACACCAAUUGAAAGUUUUAAUGGAACACGAUCCACAGCACAAUGAGAAUAUACCGCUGGUGCAGGUGCGUGACAUUUUAAAGUACAUGACACAAUUGACAUUCAUGAUAAGAAAUCAAGAGCAACCACCCAAUAAAAGAUCACGUAUAAGCUAGGAAUUGGGUUGGGGAGGACAACAGCAACAUGCGCAAGCACAAGCAGCAACUACGGCAACAACAACAGCAACAAAUCAAGAGCAACACAACAACAACCAUCACCACCACCAAACACAAAGAGAGUCAUCUAGCAGUCGACAACAUUCUACGAAUUCCGGCUCAAAAACUGAUAACUCUUUAACAUCCUCAACAGCAGCUGCCAGCAGCAGUGGUAGCAGCAGCAGCAGUAGUAAUAAAACCAAAACACCUUUAGCA